UUCUUUCGUAUUGCAACACAAAUAUCCCUAUUCUUCCGUGUCAGUCCCACGAACAACGCCGGGUCUCCCGACCCAAAACGGGUAUUUCAACCAAACCGUCGAUGAAACCCCAGCGAGAGUACUAUUUUCGGAAAUCAGACUGUUCUCAGUUUCUUUGGUGAUUCUUUAGCUAGCUAACGUUACUUUCCUAGCUAGCUACUCAACAUCCCUUGACAAGCUGGAUACUGAGAGUGCCUCUUGAUUCUAUUGGUUAAGGCGGCGGAAGUAAAAUGAAAACAUUUACGUCUGUAUCACGAUAAAAUGGCGAGUGAUAUUGUUUUUUAAAGUUACAUUCUUACUAGUUAUGAGCAUAAUAUUGAAUUACAAUGUAUCCGAUCCGUAGUUUUUAACUUGAAGAAACAUGAAUUCCUCCAGUCUUUUAAAACAACACUGCAUUGUACCUAUCUUUUUAUAUAUGCAUUAUUACUUGAUUAUACCUGAAAUGUAGUGUAUAUACAGAUACUGCAUACGCAUAGUUGCCUCCAGCACGUAAUUGUAUAAUGGGCACGAGACUCCAUUUACCAUCUGCCCUUGCGAUAUUUAACGUCACAUGGGGGCGGACUCAUGCUGUUGAUGGUAGCCUACAGCCCUACGAUCAAAACAAGUAUAAGUGGAACGCAGCUAAAUUACUGAAAAAAUGUCUGCAGUUCGCUGUCUUCUGUGAUGGGGAGUCGAAGGACCUGAGGAUUCCCCCAUAAAAUUCUUAUUUGUCUGCUCAAGUUGAUAAAUCAUGUCGAUGACCUUCGAGGCAGGGAGUAGAGUGACGCUGCUGUUUGACUUCUGGGAUGUGCACGGACCCGCAGGGAUGGUGCUGUCUGUGUUUGUGGUCCUCCUGUUGACGGUGUUCUACGAGCUGCUGAAGGUGUGGAAGGUCCAGCUGGGAAAGCCCUUCGAGCAGCCCACUCAGCCAGCCUUCCCACGGCCUUUCCCCCCUCCCCUCCACUCCUCAGACUGCCAGCGAAGCAGCGCUGUGUUUGCCAGUAGCCUCUCAGAGUCUUCUCUGGCCCCCACGGAACAGGCUGUUCCCCCUCCCUCCCCCAUGAACAGAUGGCGUCUCCAUGGUAUCCAGACAGCCAUGCACAUCCUGCAGGUGUCUCUGGGCUACAUACUGAUGCUGUGUGUCAUGUCCUACAACACCUGGAUCUUCCUAGGGGUCAUCUUGGGCUCGGUCCUGGGAUACUUCAUAUGGUUCCCACUACUGAGUCAAAUCUGAUCAAACAAUGGAAUUGAAAGUUAUUUUCCUGGACUAUAGAGCUACAGGGACUAGCUAUCCCAUACCUGUUGGUCAAAGAUUUGAUCUGAAGAGCAUAUUGUAGAAACUCCCAUGGUGUAUGUCAUUCUGACUUUUGUGCACUGAUGCGCAAUAGAUCUCCCUGUGACUGUGUCGCUUAUCAAGUUACCCGAAGUGGAAGGUUGUUCCAGUAUUUCUUCCCUACUUAUACAUGAUCUUAAUUAAAAAGCAAGAUGGAGACUUCCAUAUAGUGACACACAUGUACACAGAGUACAGCAUAGUAGGAGUGAUUGAGACAUGAUACCUUUUUAUCAAAGUUUUAUGAAGUUUUACAUUGUGUUCAAGCAAGGCAACUGUUACUAUGUACUACACAUCCAGUCAUCAUUUUGACCAGGGCCUGUGAUUAGCUACAGGGCUUGAGUUCAAUGUUGACAACCUGUGGUUACUUGACUUAAGGCAGGGCUUCCAAACCCUCUUCCUGGAGAUCUACUGUCCUGCAGGUUUUCAGUCCAACCUUUAUUUAGAGAAUCUGAUUCAGCUGGUUAAGGUCUUGUUGAGCAGCUAAUUAGUAGAAUCAGGUGUGUUUAAAUUAGGGUUGGACUGAAAACCCACAGGACUGUAGAUCUCCAGGAAGAGGGUUAGGCAGCCCUGACCUAAGGUUUGUCAUUCUACCAUUUCACUCCAAGGUCAGACUUCCAGCCAGCACUCUAGUCACAAGACAACAUUGAGGAAUUGCCACCUUGACAGCACAGAAGCAUGUGAUGGAGUAUUGUAAACUCCAUAGAUACUGCAUGUCAGGCUCAUUGGGAAACAGAUUGUUCUAUUGCUCUGAAAUACAGAGGAGAACAGAAUCUGGGUCAUGUUGUGUUUUUUUAAUCAUUUGCAAGAGAGCCACUGUAGAGAAACCAACCAUUUGGUGCCUUUUAUAUCAAAUAAACAGAUUAAUAUUUUCAUUUUAAUGAGCUAUUUUCUGUUGAAUUAUCCAGUAGCCUAGUUUGAAAACAUGGAUGAAUGCAACACUUUUUUUUUCAAUGCCCAAUUGAUAAAGUCAACUGAAAGUAGAUAACGGAGUAGUCCGUUAUCUACUUUCAGUUAUCUACUUUCAGGCUUCUAAAGUGGUUUUGUUUCAAAAGUCCCUAUUGAGAAAUACCCAUGUAGACAUGUGCUUACUGUUGUUUUAGUGUCAUUUUAUUCUAAUUAUCAAUAAAUACCACCAACUAAGA